AUGGCCACCACCAGCUCGCACAACAAAAAGUCAUCCGCGGUCAAGCGCAUCCUCUCGGAAGCGCGAGAGUCGUCCGAAGACUCGUCGGAUCUAUACACUGCCGCACCACUCGAAGACAACAUCUUUGAAUGGCAUUUCACACUUCGAGGACCUUCCAACACCGAGUUUGCCAACGGUCUUUACCAUGGGCGCAUCCUUCUCCCCGCCGAAUACCCGAUGCGACCGCCCAACUUGAUGCUGCUGACGCCCAACGGACGAUGGGAGCUCAACAAGAAGAUCUGCUUGACUUUCACGGGCUUCCACGAGGAAAUGUGGCAGCCAGCAUGGGGGAUAAGAACAGCACUGCUGGGCUUGCAGACGUUCAUGACGGCCAAGGCGGAAGCAGCCGUGGGCAUCGGUGCUUUGGACUAUCCCGUCGAGGCGAGGCAGAAGCUGGCAGCAGAGUCGAGAAAGUGGAAGUGUGACGUCUGCGAGAAAGCCACACUCGAGAUGCUGCCGGACCCUGAUCCUACUCAGCAGCCAGAAGAGAGGAAAGAGGAGACGCUGCCAGAAGGCUUGCAGGUCGAUCUCAAUGCUCAGUCUCACAAGCCACAGUCACAGGUGCCAUUGCAAUCUUCGGCGCUCUCCGACGCAGUUCCUCCGGGCUUGGACUUGUCGGCAGCACCGUUGGAGAGCUUCGCUUCACACUCAGCACCAUCACAUCAAGACGCCGCAAGUGCAAUCACUGCUACUGCUGCUUCGUCGGCGAUUCCUACUUUGGCUAGUGCCGCGGCUGACAGCGCUGCUGCUCCAUCUCCGAUUACAUCUUCUCAGCCUCGAUCGGCCCAUGUCGCGCCCUCCGUUCCGCCAAGAAACUUCUCUUCUUCUGCUGCUGCUGCUUCAUCAUCAUCGUCGGCCGCUCCGGCUCAGUCAGGAGUCAGCAAUCGAGUUUCAGCCACCGAGCAGAAGCUCACUCUGAUCGAUAACUGCAUCAAAGCACUCAGCAUCCUCGUCGCCCUCCUAGUCGUCAAACGUCUCCUCUAG